UCCCUUCUCUCUCACAGUCUCACACAGUGAUCAAGCUCUCGCUCUCAAACCCACUACCCCAGUCUUUUUGGGUUCUUCUUCAGACAGGAGGUUUCUUUCCAUUUUGAUGAUUUUUUAGCUCCAGGGUUUUUGAGGAAUUGAAGAGAAAGCUGAGAAUCUCUAUUUCUUUGUUCUGUUCUUGACUCCCAUUUGUGACUUGCGAGCUAAGAAAAGUACCAUCUUUUCAAACUUUUGUUUCCUUGCAUGUAAACCUCUGGUUCUGUAACUUGAGCUGUUUUUAGCUUGAUUUAUGGGAAUACCUUCACUGUUUUCAUGUAUGAUAAUUCCCCUUCAUCAACUUCACCUCUCAAAAUUCUCUGUUUAUCUUCAACAGUGAGGGAAAUCCUUAUGAAUCUGGUGGGAAAUUUGCAACAAAACCCUUGUGAUUUUGGUUUUGAUUCAAGGCUGAAGAAGUCCUAAAAAUUGGCGAGGGAAAAGAGGGCGAAAGAGGGGGAGAGCAAUGGGAUGUUCUACAUCCAAGUUGGAAGAUGAAGAGGCCAUACAGCUUUGUAAGGAUAGGAAGAGAUUCAUUAAACAGGCUGUUGAGCAAAGAGCCAGGUUUGCCUCUGGACAUAUUGCUUAUAUCCAAUCCUUAAGAAGAGUUUCUGCUGCGCUUCGUGAUUAUAUUGAAGGAGAUGAGCCCCGGGUGUUCUUGUUGGAUUCAUACAUAACCCCAUCCUUCACGCCUGUAAAGAAAACAAGCUCUGGUUUCAUCCCAAUUUCGUCGAAAUCCUUCUCUGCAACACCAAUCCAAUCUGAACCCAAUUCAUCUUUGAAAGUGAAUUAUCUAAGGCCAGGUGGGAACCCAGCAGUCGUGGUUGAGGAGAGGCCCCAGUCACCGGAAACUGGUAGAGUUGAAACCUACCCUCCAAUGCACCAUCUGGGGAUUGAUGGGUUUUUUGCAAUGCAGUCUUCACCCAUGCAUUCUUCGUUCUUCUCUUAUACCCCAAAUGAUAGACCUAAUUUACCUCCUCCUUCACCUCAAACCUCUCAGUGGGAUUUCUUUUGGAAUCCAUUUUCAACAUUAGACUAUUAUGGGUACCCUAACAGUAGCAGCCUUGAUCAGCCGGCCAUGGAUGAUGAGAUCCUGGGAAUAAGGCAGGUUCGAGAAGAAGAAGGGAUUCCCGACUUAGAAGAAGAAACAGAGCUAGAAGAAACUGAGAGGAAGAUAGAUAUAAGUGAGGAAAGAGAUGACAUUGACAUGAACUUUGUUAGAGAAGAAGUUAUUGUUGAGGAUGCUGAUGAUGAAGAUGAGGAUGAGGAUGAGGAUGAGGAUGAUGAUGAUGAUGAUGCAGAUAGCGGGAUUGAAAUGGACCAUGAAGUGAAAGGACUACGAUCCCACGGUAGUGGGAGCAUAAGAUUGUCUGAAGGUCAAGGGCAAGUUGAGAUUGGUAAUCAAGAAACAGCAGUAAGUGAUCAAAAAUCCAAGGAAGAAACUCCUGGUUUUACUGUUUAUGUAAACCGACGGCCAACAAGCAUGGCAGAAGUUAUCAAGGAUCUUGAAGAGCAGUUCAUGAUUGUUUGCAAUUCAGCAAAUGAGGUCUCAGCCCUGCUGGAGGCUACCAGAGCUCAGUACGCCUCAACCUCAAAUGAACUCUCGGGUAUGAAAAUGUUGAAUCCAGUAGCUUUGAUUCGCUCGGCUUCAUCUAGAUCAUCCUCAUCAAGAUUCUUAAUGAAUUCUUCAAGUUCCAGAGAUGAAGGUUAUGCAAGCAGUAGUGACGUCUCCGAGGAAUCCUGUGUAUUUUCAGGGAGUCAUCAAUCGACGCUGGACAGGUUAUAUGCUUGGGAGAAGAAACUAUACGAUGAAGUGAAGUCUGGAGAAAAGAUUAGGAUAGCAUAUGAGAGGAAAUGCAAUCGACUCAGAAACCAGGACGUGAGAGGAGAUGACCCCUCCUCCGUUGAUAAAACAAGGGCAGGGAUUAGAGAUCUGCAUACCCAGAUAAAGGUUUCAAUACACUCGGUUGAAGCUGUUUCAAAGAGGAUAGAAGCUCUGAGGGAUGAAGAGCUGCAGCCUCAACUUCUAGAAUUGGUACAAGGGUUAGCUCGGAUGUGGAAGGUAAUGGCUGAGUGUCAUCAGAUUCAAAAGCGAACCUUGGAUGAAGCCAAGCUCUUGCUGGCUGGAACGCCUUCUAAAAUAGCAGAGGCAAAGAAGCAGGGUGCUGUAUCAACAACAACUACUGAGCCACACAGGCUAGCCCGUUCAGCUGCCAAUCUUGAGGCUGAACUCAGGAACUGGAAAGCAUGUUUCGAGUUAUGGAUAACCUCUCAACGCUCCUACAUGCGUGCACUAGCCGGUUGGCUCUUAAGGUGCAUCAGGUCAGGCCCGGGCUCUCCUCGUAGGACCAGUGGGGCUCCUCCAAUAUUUGGAAUUUGCACCCAAUGGUCCAGGUUUCUAGAUGACAUCCAUGAGGUUCCUGUGCUGGAAGGACUCGACUUCUUUGCGGCUGGGGUGGGCUCUCUCUACGCACAACAGUUAAGAGAAGACUCACGCCGGGCCCCAGGUGGAUCAAAGAGAUUCGGAGGUGGGUCUGGGGGGAGUCUGGAAGUGGUGGAGGUUGGUGGGGUAGUAGAAGAGGAGGUGAUGACAGCAGAGAAAAUGGCUGAAGUAGCCAUCAGGGUCCUAUGUGCUGGAAUGUCAGUUGCAAUGAGCUCACUGACAGAGUUUGCUAUUGGUUCUGCCGAGGGAUACGCCAACCUGGCUAAGCAAUGGGAUAACACCAAGUGGCCGCGAGAUUCAGGUGAGGCUGGAGUGUAAUUUUCUCGCGUUUUGUUAGCUAGGCUAGGUUGGGAAUGUUUGUCUAUGUAAUUACAAAGUUAUCAUUUUCGUUAGAACACAGCAGCAAAGUACAGAGUAGGGUUGAAAUGAUAUACAUAGCUAAUCCCCUCCUACCCUCUUGUCUGUUUUCCUGUUUCUGUUUGGUUGCUGGGAAGGCCAAGGAAAAGUGAAGAGAGAAGUAAAAACACUUCAAAAC